AUGACUGACGUAUCUGCGACCACCGCCAGCAUACAUAAUCUCCGCCCAGGCACCACGUAUAUACUAGAAGUCACUUUCCACUGUGGAGACAAAUCAAGCACAAGUGGUCCGAUUGAUAUCAUGACUGAGCUUGUUCCUCCAGCAACGGUUUACCACACGUUAGUAUCUGCUGUGUCGGCCAACAUUGAAUGGGAGAAGCCGAGAGGCCAGUAUGACAACAUCGUCGUCACUCUCACAGACUUGGCAACUAAAAAAACAACUGAGAAAAAAACAAAGGAACUCAGCAUAAAGUUCCCUGGUCUCCGCCCUGCCACUUCCUACCGUGUAGACGUCUUGACGGUAAAAGGACCAAAUGAAAGUGAUGUCAGGUCUCACAAUUUUCAUACAGCUCCUUUGCCCCCCACGGGUAUAUCUGUCAACCCCGGGGCGAAUACAGCAAACAUAUCGUGGACCUAUUCAGAUAAACUGGAGGACGGGAGCAUCACUUUUGAAAUCAGGUAUUGGGAAGUGACCUCUCGAGGAUCUGAAGACUGCCUGACAGUGUCUUCUAAAACCUUGGAGACAACACUUAAGUCAUUAACACCAGGGUCACAGUACAUGGUACAAGUGAAGACCGUCUUUCAAGGAACGAGGAGUGACGGUUUCAAGGAGGCAUCGUUUAGCACCGAGCCACCUGCUGUAAGUAAUGUACAAGUGCAAGGGUUUUCCACCUAUGCCGACGUGUCCUGGAGGCCGCCUAGUCAUGGAAAGGUCAAGAGUUAUGAUAUCCUAUUUUGGCCUGCUCACAACCCAUCAGCAAAGCGCAAGACCACGGUUCAGUAUCCUGCAGUCAAGGGAUCAAUUAUUGACCUUAAACAAGGGACCAAGUACAUCGUGGAAGUGAAAUCCAGUGUUGAAGGGCGCGAAAGCCAAGGUGGCGAUAGGAAAACGUUUUAUACAGUUCCAUCACCGCCGUGGAUUGGCAAUAUUGAUGCUGCACCAGAUUCAAUCAAACUCAAAUGGAGUAGAAAGGAGGAUGAACCAGAUGUCACCGAUGCAGUAGUCACAUAUCGUAUACCUGGCUUUACUCAGAAAAUAACUGAACGUUUAUCUACGAGACAACCCCAGCAGCUGUUGAUAUAUUCUCUGAUGCCAAACACACGUAUUGAAGGCUAUGUUGAACUGGUGUGCGGAGAUAAAACCAGCGACAAGACAAAUUGGUCAGCAGCAACAGAUCCCAUUAAACCAGGAAGUAUACAUGUAGGCUGUAUAUCAGAAACAACAGCUAAUUUGUCGUGGGCAGAUAACGGUAUUGCAGGGACUGUAGAAUAUCGUGUUGAUUAUAAAGAGAAAUCAGGGGCGAAGCGGUUUACGAAGGGCACAUAUGUACCCAACCUGAAGCUGACAGAUUUGGAACCUGGGACGGAGUACAUGGUGGCAGUAUCAACUGUGAUUGACGGUGCUGACUCUGAAGCCAGAACCACAACAGAAUUCACCACACGCCCAGGCCAACCAGACGCUGUAAAACUUGUGGGUAGUCCAGCUGCGGAAUCGGCCCCCAUUAGUUGGAAACCUCCUGCGGGUGUUGUGGAUCACUACCGCCUUGAAUACAAAACAGACAAAGGUGAACCAGUGACUAAAAUGAUACGUGGCACUGAAUCGAGCUAUGAAUUGGCUAAUCUUAUCCCUGGAACUAACUAUACCAUUGCACUAUGCUGCGUACGCCACAAAAAAGAAACACUUGAUGUGCCUAUCAUCACAGCCCAGCCUGACAGCACCGCCAUAUUGUUAUCUUGGAGCCAGUAUAAGGGAAAUGCUGAAAGCUUUGAGAUCACUUGCCAAAGUCAACAUGAUGAAGAUGAGAGGCUAAGUGUGGUAUUCUGGGAAAAUAUGGGCAAAUCUUGGACCCCAGAAGAGUGA